GGGGCGGGAAUGCAUGAGCAAAAAUCGGGCGCCUGCUCUCAAUUCUUUUUUCUUGUCAUGUUUGAGAAAUACAAAUCACAAUUUCGGCGAUUGCUGACACGGAAACCAGAGGAGCAUUAUGAAUCCCAGAGCUUACUAAGUAGCCACAGCAUUGAGCGACUCGAAGCUUAUGCUGAAGGACACAACGAUGCGCAUAAUCUUGUAUAUUGGAUUUUUGUCAUUUAUGGAGUAGCCAUGCUGCUACCAUGGAAUGUAUUUAUCACGGCGUCCGAGUUUUUCGCAAAGCGGUUUGCCGGCUCUUCCUAUGAUGAAACGUUCCAAAACUAUUUCUCGAUUUCGUUCACUGCAACGAACCUAUUAUGUUUCGCAUAUUUACUAAGGAAACAGAGCGAGUCAUCAACAUAUCGUGUGGAUGUACUAUGGCCAGCAUUGGCCAAUACUGCCGUUUUUGGUAUCACGGCAGUAACAGUGGCAGUUUCCAUGCAGGGCGCUACGUAUUUCGCAUUCACCAUGGCUCUGCUCGUUUUCACUGGUGCAACAACCAGCUAUUUUCAAGUUGCAGUCUUUGCAGAAGCAUGUCGAUUCCCUCCACGAUACGUUCAAGCUGUAAUGAGUGGCCAAGGUGUUGCCGGCGUAGCCGUGGCCGUAGCAUCCAUUCUUAGCGCCUUUGCAGGAUCUGCAACAGAAGCACCGGAUGAAGCAGCAGUGACCCGAUCAGCGUUCUUAUACUUUAUGGCAGCAUUUGUGAUUACGGUGGCGGCACUGGUCGGUCGGAUGUUUGUUGUACGGCAACCGUUUUAUAUCCGACAAAUGAAUACGGACCAAGCGAUCCUGUCUAACUCUGCGCUUGACGACGAAGAAGACGUAGAAGAACAAAACGAUGACGAGCAACGAUACUUUUCUUCCUCUCCAAGAUCGGAACUAUCGAUUGUGGCGGUGGUUCGCAAGUCAAGCGGACUGGUGUUUGCAGUCAGCUAUGUCUUUGUAAUUACCUUGAUGCUAUUCCCCUCCAUCACUGCGCUCAUCAAAUCAGUCUCGCGACAUACUCCACAAGCGCAAGGCAAUCGAUUUUUCGACGACGACGUGUUUGUUGCAUUCCACUUUGUGCUGUUCAAUGUCGGAGACUGGGUUGGGCGGACCUUGCCCAUCUACGACAGUAUGCGGACGUUCAAACCCAAGCUGUUGGCGUGGUUCUCGGUCUUGCGUACGAUUUUCGUGCCGGCGUUUUUGUUUUGCAAUGUUGUGGCCAGCGACCGCUCGCUGCCGGUGGUGAUUGACAAUGAUGUGGUUUAUUUCCUUCUCAUCUGGAUGUUUGCUGUGAGCAACGGCUGGCUAGGCAGCUUAACAAUGAUGGCCGCACCCCAGCAGGAGUCGAUUACGAGUGCAGCCGAAAAAUCGUUGGUUGGAAGUGUAAUGAGCUUCUCGCUUGUGGCUGGAUUGGCCAUUGGAGGCGGCAUGAGUUUUUUUGUUCGAUGGAUGAUAUAGCGAAUUCAGUUAGAAUAUAUACAUGCACGCAUAAUUUUGUUCUCUUGUACAUACCUAAUGACAACCACAGCGUUGCUCUUCUUCCCACAAGUCGACGAAUAAAUGGAAUGUCAGAUGAAGAGCCGCUUCGAAUCCAAUUAUGAACAACUUG